AUGAAUGAAGAUAGACAACCCGAAUCAGAGGAUAAUGUAUUCCAAGAUGAUCUUGAUAAUAUGUCAGAUGAUUUUUUAAGUCAAGUUUCUGAACCGUCUCUUUCAGAGCCAUCUUUUAGUAAUUCUUUCCAAAAUGAAGCAAUUACUUCAUAA